UGUUCCUAUUGUCUUGCUUUUCUUCUUAACUUCUUAAUACCUUUCUUCCCUUGCCACCUAUCUCUGGGAGAUAUACAAUAUAGCUGGACUAUACUCGCCUUCGCUUUCUCAACGAACCUACGACUUUGAAGACGCACGACCCUAAUACACCUUGCAGACCCGUUUUACAACCAUCCAACUUCGCUAUGGCUUCCUCAGUGAACCAACAGCAAUCCUUCCCAGCUGUGCCUCCAUCUAUGUCCGCUGGCGAUCAUGAGAUGCGAGACUACUACGCACCGCAAAUUGCAACACGACCCCCAAUGAACCAAACACCAAACUUUAAACCAUAUCUUGGCCUUCGAGCUAGGCUCUCGCAAAUAUGGAUCAACCGCUGGACGAUUCUCCUCCUCCUAGUGCUCGUUCGCCUGCUCAUCGCCAUCGCAAGUACAGACUCAAGCCUUGCUUCUGCACGUCGCGAAGCACUUAGUGCUUGCACACAGGUAGAGAACAUUGGUAGCUCCAUGGCUUCCAUGCCUCACUACAUGGCGAGAGGCGUCAACGAGAUGACCGCCUCCGGGGUUGAGAAGGCUGUCAGUGGCCUCAUGUCCAUGUUGGAGAUGAGCGUUACUGGCGUCGAGGAGAUUGUUCUCUUUGUCAUCCACAUGAUGACAAGCACUUACCUCUGCCUGAUUACCCUGGCUGUUCGCGGCAGCCUUCAGGCUGCCGUAGAGAUCGGCAACGAGAUCAGCAAGACCCUCAAUCAAACCAUCGACUCGGUUACCGACGACAUGGGCAACGCAGUCAAGACUGUCUCUGACGGCAUCAACUCGGUCCUUGACAAGAUCAACUUCAACCUGCCCGGCUUUGACAAACCGGAGAUCAACCUGGACUCGCAGAUCGCUAAGCUUAAGGGACUUGAAGUACCGCCCGAACUCCAGAAAGGCCUCCAGGAGUUGAACAACUCGAUUCCCACAUUCGAACAGGUGCAGAACUUCACCGACAAUAUCAUCCGCCUGCCUUUCGAAGAGGUCAAGAAACUGAUCCGGGCUACCAACAACUUCACGGUCGACCGUGAUACACUCCCGAUCCCCCAGAAGGAGAAGCUGGAUUUCUGCUCUGAGGGCAAUUCCAUCAAUGAGUUCUUCGACGACCUCAUUAAGAUGGCUUACGAUGCGCGCAAGAUCGCUCUUGGCGUGUUGAUUGUCCUCGCCAUCCUUGUCUGUGUUCCCAUGGCAUGGAUGGAAGUCCGUCGGUACCGCAGGAUGCAAGAACGUGCCGCCCUCUUCGCGGAAGGCCACGAAGGCAUGGACGUUGUCUACCUGGCCUCGCGCCCCACUUCUUCGGGGUUCGGUCUGUGGAUCGGCAGGCGCUUUGGCUCAGUUCGUCGUCAAGCAAUUGUGCGAUGGGCUUGGGCUUACGCCACCUCCGUCCCCAUGCUCUUUCUGCUGGCUCUCGGUAUCGCAGGCCUCUUCGCCUGCUUCUGUCAAUAUCUCUUGUUGAAGGCUAUUCAAGACAAGACUCCCGAGCUCACGGAGCAGGUCGCUGACUUUGCUGGCAAGGUUGUUGCUUCUCUCCAAAAUGCGUCCAUGUCUUGGUCUGAGGGCGUCAAUGGCGUCGUCGCUGAGCUGGACGAUGAGAUCAACAACGAUAUCCUGGGCUGGGUGAACACCAGCACCACCGCAGUCAACGAUACUCUGAACGUCUUCGUGGAUGAGAUGAGCAAGACCCUCAACUCGACAUUUGGCGGCACUGUUCUCUACGAACCUAUUAAGGAAGUUUUGAACUGCCUGAUCGGCCUGAAGAUCGCUUCUUUCCAGAACGGCCUGACUUGGGUCCAAGAGCACGCCCACGUCAACUUCCCCGGCGUGUCAAAUGAUACCCUAUCCCUUGGCGCCGCUGCUGAAGCUAGCGAGUCGGACUCUGCUGCCAAUCUUCUGUCCGACCCUAACGGUCAGGCGAGUGAUGAGAUCACCGAAGCAGUCAAUCGCGUCAUCGAGAAACUCAUGAGUGGUAUUCAAACCGAAGCGCUCAUUUCCGGCGCACUUAUACUUGUCUGGCUCUUCAUCGCCAUCGGUGGCCUCGUGUACGCCUCGUCCCAUCUCUUUCGCCGCGACCCUGAAUCAGGCACCGCCUACUACAACGACCCAUCCAUGGACGCCUCCAAAGCCCCUGUCUCUGGUGAUUCCGCUCCACCGCAAUACGUCGCCAACGACUACCAAGUCAACAAGACUGCGCCCUACACAAUUACACCCCGACCCUUCCAGACUGUCGAGCCCGAGACAGAGAAGAUUGGGCAAGUAGACGCGCGUGUUGUCACUGAUUCGGCUCGUCCUGGCCACGUACGCAUGAGCAGCCACGGUACACUUGCCAACCCUUCGCCCCUCGACGAGAAGUACAACCCUUUCGCCGAGCGGCGCUGAGGUCGUCCAAGACUCCAUUGUCGACAGCCUGAUCGUCUACCACUGACCGCCGCUUCUGCUUCUGUGUCUAUACCAGACGGUCAGGUUGUCAUGUGACAUUGCGACUGCAGCCGUAAUUGCUCAGACCAUUGUUGGUUCACUAAAGUUUCAUUUCACGUUUUCAAUGAAGUGUCAGGUGAUGCGAAUACGCUCUCUGACGCGGAGACGGGCGGAUUGAAUGAGCUUUGCUCUUCUCCGUGCUGUGUGAAUUGGUGCAUGCAUUUUAUUCUCAAUA